AUGACAUCAUCAACAAAUCAAUUUAAUUUCACGGCUGAUGUUAAUAAUAAUUCAGAUGGUUCAGGUGAAAAAGAUAGUGGAAAUUCUGCAAUUGCUGUUAAACGUAAACGUUUAACUCAAGCAUGUGACGCGUGUCGAAAAAAAAAAGUUAAAUGUAGUGGUGAAAAACCAUCUUGUAAUAAUUGUUCUCGACUCAAUGUUCCCUGUACGUACCUGCCAAGUACACGAAAAAGAGGGCCAAGAGUUGGAUUAGUCGAGAGUUUAGAAAAGCGUCUUCAACAAAUGGAGAAACUUUUACAGCCCCUUAAGGAGCAAGGACUGGUGGAUGAUUCUGAUGAUAAUUCACUUGGUCCUUCAACUAAAAAACCUCGUUUAAAUCCUAUUUCUACUACUGGGAUCGAUCCCGAUGAUCAAUUAUAUUCUGAUCAAACUUCUUCAGCCUCAUCGGCAAAUUCUAUAUCUCAACAUUCUCGAGAGUUCACUACAAAAACUCAAUUUUCUUCCCCACCGACCCAAUUUAUUAAACCAUCGCCUGAUGAUCAUAAUGAGCAAGCAGAAUUUAUCAAUUCAUAUUCUCAAUCUUUACAACCACGACAAAGUCAAUUGAAAAAUGCAAAUGAAUCAACAACGAUUGAAGUGAUAAGAGAGGAAUGUAUGCCGAAUUUACCACAGAAUGUAAAGAUAGAAGAAACAAGUGAUGAUCAAUUCUUUGGCAAUACUUCACCACAUCCAGGAUUUAGAAAGAAUUGUCGUACAAUUAUUAAUUUUCAACUACAAAAUUCACUAUUUAUAUCAAAUGGAUUACCAACGGAAGAUAUUGUUGAACAUCUCGCUUUAUGCUUUUUCCGACAUAUUGAUGGUCAACUUUCAAUGUUCCACGAACAUACUUUUAUGCGUCAACUACGACAAAAUAAAGUUUCACCUUUAUUAAUCCUUGCUAUGUGCGCUGUGAGUUCAAGAUAUUCCGAACACCCAAAUAUUAAACGAGAUCCACCUUAUCUUUCUGGGGAGCCUUAUGCACAUCAAGCAUCAAAACAUGUAUUAGAAGCACUAGAUUCUCCUUGUAUUGAAGCAGUCCAAGCAUUUAUAUUGCUUGGGUUGUAUAGUUAUGGAUCUUCACAUGGCGCAAGAACUUAUAUGUAUAUUGGUAUGGCUGUAAGAAUGGCACAUUCAUUAGGUCUACAUAAACUUGAUGACAUCACUCCGAAUUCUCCACCUGAUCAAAAAGUUUCUGAAGAAGUAUUUAUAGCUAAAGAAACUAAAAGACGUACUUUUUGGUCUUGCUUCAUGUUUGAUAGAUUUUCUGCUUGCGCUUUAGGGAGACCGUUACUUAUGCAAGAAGAAGAUUGUGAUGUUAGGCUCCCUUGUAUUGAAUCAGUUUGGGCCUUGGAAAGUCCUUAUAGCAGCCCUGUAAUUAAUGAACAACUAAAUAGUCAAUACAUUAAACAGCAUACUUCACUUGUGCUCGCUAAAACUGGAGUUAUUGCUUGUUUUCAUAGCGUAAAUACUUUAUUAGGUCGUGUAUGUACAUAUGUUAAUCGUUCAAGACCAACAAAUGUAUUACCACCUUGGAGUCCAACAUCAGAAUUUUCUAUAUUGGAAAAUGAUAUAGAGGAUUGGUAUCAGUCGAUCUUACCUCAUUAUAGUUAUUCUCGUGAGAGAUUGAUUGAAUUAAUUGCUGUUCGUAGUGGAGGAGCAUUUGCAUCACUUCAUUUAUUAUAUUAUGCGGCUAUUGUUGUCCUUAAUAGGCCAAAUUUUAUAAAGUUCCAAAAACGUGAACCUAUGCCAGCAUAUGAGGUCGAAUUCAUUCGUUCAUCUUCUGAGCGUUGUUAUAAUGCAGCGAAACAAAUUACUUCUAUUGCUUCCGAUGUUCUUAAAGUUGGAUGUCAAUUUAUGUGCCCUUUUACAUUAUAUCCAUUAUUUGUGUCUGCAACAAUUUACUUAACUGAUUUUAAUAAUGAAGAUAUUACAAUUGCUAAUUUUGCAAAAGCAAAUUUAAAAAUUCAUGAGCAGUUUUUUGAAGAAAUGGGACCAUUAUGGGGAAUAGCUAACAAAAUGAAAUGUAUUAUGGAACGUAUGAAAAGAGAAACAUGUGUUUCUGAAAAUAAUCGACCUUCGCAAGAUGAAACAGAAAUAUUAUCAAGGAAUUCAGAUGCUGGUCUUAUGGCUUAUUGGAAUAAUGCAGUUAACAACGAUGUUGAUAUAAUUCAUAAUCCUUCUUCUAUGAAUACAUUUCCCGAUCAAAUUAUAUCAUCUCGAUGGUUAUAUAAUAAUUUGGAACAACCAUUAAUGGGAGAUACAUGGACGAAUUUUCUUCGAUCACCUUCACCGAUUUCACCGAUGCCACCAAUUUCACCAGGCUUUUUAAGACGACUCACAAGGAACUUUGAAAAUGGAGAAAACGCUAAUGAAGAAGGAUAUUUCACUCAAGAUAUGACAUUAUAUAAUAAUAACAAUCCGCUUGCAUACGAUUACUCUAUGAUAGCAGAUAUUUCUAGUGGUCAACCAUUUUCAGAAUGGUCAACUGGAAGAUUCAUGUCAAAUCGUAGAAAUUUAACUGAUAUGAAUGAAAUAAUUCAAAAUUCAUUAACACCAAGUCAAGCUUUAUCAUCAAAUGCCAAUGUUCUGGUUGGAAAUACUACAAAUUCACAAUUAUUAAAUCCUAUAGGUUCAACAGCACCAAGAACAAGUGAUAUUCAAAUCGAUGCAAUACUUCGUAGUAACUAG